GUAUCGGCAGCACCCAGUCUUCUGCUUCACUUUGAUUCUCUGCGUUUUUGCUCUGCAAAGUCUUCAACUUUUUCAAGGAAUCAGAAGCAUCAAGCAAUGUUGGACAUCAAUCUUUUCAGAGAAGAGAAAGGCAACAACCCCCAAAUCAUCCGCGAAUCUCAGAAGCGUCGUUUCAAAAGCGUCGAGAUCGUCGACGAGGUCAUCCUGCUCGAUAAAGAAUGGCGUCAACGUCAAUUCGAGCUCGAGAAUCUCCGGAAAGAGUUCAACAAGAUCAACAAGAAAGUUGCUCAGCUCAGGAUCUCAGGUCAGGAUGCAACCGAGGUGAUUAAGGACACAGACGAAAACAAGAAGUUGACUGCAGAAAAAGAAGUUGAAGUUCGAGAGGCUUUAAACCUUUUGAAUUCAAAAUUGGAAAUCAUUGGAAACCUUGUGCAUGAUAGCGUUCCCAUCCAUGAUGAUGAGGCCAAUAAUGCUGUGGUUAGAUCGUGGGGUGAGAAACGGAUGGAGCCAAAACUCAAAAAUCACGUUGAGCUUGUUGAGCUUCUGGGUAUUGCUGACUUGAAGAAAGGUGCUGAAGUAGCAGGAGGUAGAGGUUUCUACUUGAAAGGUGCUGGCGUCCGCCUCAAUCAAGCUCUGAUAAAUUUUGGUCUUGAUUUCCUUGAGAAAAGGGGAUACACAGCAUUGCAGACUCCAUUUUUUAUGAGAAAAGAUAUUAUGGCAAAGUGUGCUCAAUUAGCACAAUUCGAUGAGGAGCUGUAUAAGGUAACCGGAGAGGGUGAUGACAAAUAUCUGAUUGCUACAGCUGAACAGCCACUUUGUGCAUAUCAUGUGGAUGAUUGGAUUCAUCCUACACAGCUGCCCAUAAGAUAUGCUGGAUAUUCAUCGUGUUUCCGCAAGGAAGCUGGUUCACAUGGUCGAGAUACCUUGGGAAUUUUCAGAGUUCAUCAGUUUGAAAAAGUUGAACAGUUCUGUAUGACAAGCCCAAAUGGCCAGGACUCUUGGGAAAUGCACGAGGAAAUGAUCAAAAACUCUGAAGACUUUUAUCAGCAGCUCAACCUCCCUUAUCAUGUUGUGUCCAUCGUUUCUGGUGCUUUGAAUGAUGCAGCAGCAAAGAAGUAUGAUCUCGAAGGAUGGUUUCCUGCAUCUCAGACAUACAGGGAGCUCGUCUCAUGUUCAAACUGUACAGACUACCAAUCAAGAAAAUUAGAAAUUCGAUUUGGGCAGAAAAAGAGCAAUGAGCAGACAAAGCAAUACGUCCACUUGUUGAACUCCACUCUUACAGCUACUGAGAGAACCAUAUGCUGCAUUCUUGAGAACUAUCAAAAGGAAGAUGGUGUUGAGGUACCAGAAGUCUUGCGAAACUUCAUGGGUGGAGUGUCCUUCCUACCUUUCAAGAACAAACCAGCCCCUGAAGUCAAAGGGCCUAGAAAACCCGUUCAACUCAAUCAAGCUGGUUCCCAAUUCACAUCAACCAUGAAACUGUUUCAAAAGCCGUUCUUCAACUUGGUCCGGGGACUCGGGUUACAAAAACUAAGCUUGUUAUUGAAAUGAGAAGUCAAUUCUUUUUCGAGUCACUUUUCAAAUGCGCAAGAAUGACCUGAUUCCAAGCUAUCUUUUACUUAGCAAAGGGGUUCCAACCCUUUGAGCCCCCAACUUGGAAAUUUUGCAUCUUAUGACUAAAUCUUGGAAAGUAUUGUAUCUACAGAAAAUUUUCCUUCUCCUGUCGAAGUCAAAAGAAUAACCGACUUUGAAGAACAGCACAUCUAUUUCAAAGUGUUGCAUCAUUCAGACUUCAGAGUAUUCAAUGAUUAAUCUUUUUUGUCCAUAA